AUUUAUGUCUAUGCUGUGAAUUCCAAAAAGGCUAAUGAGAUUAUAAGAGAUUCAAUAGAAUUGGAACCAUACAGAGAUUUAUUGAUGGUUUCAAAAGCAUCCAGGUCAAAUAAUCUUUCUCAAUUAAAAAUAAAAUUUGAAAAAAUAGUGGAAAAAAUACGCAACCCAAAAUAUUUCGUAAGAGAUGUUUUAAUUUACAUUGAUGUUUUGAGAAAUGAUGUAGUUAUAUAUUUCGGGUAUAAUAGUACGAAUGAUGACAAAUUUAUGAAGGCUAUUAGGAAAUAUAAGCCAAUCACAGAGUUCACAACUCCUCCUAAAAAACGUCGUUCAUUAAUGCAAUUUAGGCACUUAAAUGAAGAAAUUGUAUUUAAGAAUAGGACUAAUCAUUAUUCAGCAAAUUUUAAAGCAAGGGAUGCAAGAAAUGUUUACUUAUAUCCACCUGGAAGUAAACGUAAUAUACAAUCUCGUGAUAUAAAUAUUAAGUUCUUUAAUGGAGAUGUUAUAUUCCAUUCACUUAAUGCACUUACUGGCCGUUGUACGGCGGGUUUUAGGGCAAUAAAUGCAACCGGUGAUUAUUUAGUAACUGCGGGACAUUGUUUUAGUCAAUCUGUUUAUGGCCAACGGUAUUAUGCGGCUGUUCAAAUCAAUGGUUUUAGCCAGUAUUUUAUUGGUAUUGCAGAAUAUUCUCAACUUGACCCAAUCGAAUAUGGGUUAAUCAAAACGCAAUUUGAGAAUAUCAAACACUCACCGAAUAUAAUACAUCGUGAAUUUAUUAAUCCAGAAGAUCCCGAAUCAGACGUAAGAGUUGUUAAAGAAUUAUAUAUAGCAGGUAAUAAAGGUUUGCAGAGCCAUGGUGCACAUUUAUGUAAAGCUGGUCGUGUCACAGAAACUAACUGUGGAGAAAUUAUAGCAUUCAAUGGUAUUCUUACUGUUAGCAAUGAUCAAAUUACAACGAAUUUAAUUAUUGCAAAAUCUAAUAUUCAAAAUUUUGUUAAACAUGGUGAUAGUGGAGGUCCCGGAUUUACUUAUACAAUAGAUUUGCAGUGGGUAAGUCUAGAUGCUAUAACCAUUGGAACGAAGCCAUAUAUAGGCGUGUUUCAACCAUCAGACUUAAUUCUGAAUA